UCUGUCAAAUCAAAAUGAAAAGUAUCAAACCGUCUGUUAGUUAGUAGGGCCUAUAUAUUUCAUAUUUUAUGCAUAUAAUCUUUCAGAAUUAAUUAUUGUGAUGCAUAUCAAAUCAUUCUGUCUUGUAGUUUUUAGUGAAUGAUAUAUUUUUUAACCACACAAUGGAGGAAUAUGUCGACAACUAUGCUGCAGAGGCUGCAGUUUUGAGGCGUAAGCUCCAGAGUAAAGCUGAGGCUUUAAUCAUCUUGACCCAAGAGCUGGAACAAUGUCGCACGGAACGUGAUCAGUUUAAGCUGCUAGCAGAGCAGGCCAAGAGUCGUACACUUCCUAAGAAAAGUGUUGACGAUCAGGUAUCAAGAGGAAGACUAAGCGUUUACAAUGAUAACUACUCUGAUUCCUCUGGCAAAGGUUCAAGCUACGAUCAUUAUAUGGAGGUGAGAGAACAAAACAAAACUUUGAGAUACGAGAUACAAGAUCUCAAGCAGAAGUUGAGGGAGGCUUAUGGUGAUAUUAAGGUUCUGAGGGCUGGAGCCGCAGAAGGAUCAAGGUCCAAUAAUGUGAAGGACGUUAUACCAGCUCACCAACGAGAAGAAUUGGUAGAACAGCUGGAGAAGAUGAGUGGACGAGCUAGUCAGCUGGAGGCAGAUCUGCGGGGAGUGUUGGACGAGAAGGAAGAGUUAGUGAAUGAGAGAGAGUGUUACAGAGCAAAGGUGGCGAGACUGAAUCAUCAGAUCAACACGCUGCUGCGCGGAGAUACGGCUCGACUGAUUGACAUUGACGCUAUACUCAUGGAUAACAAAUAUCUCCAAGAACAAGUGCAACAACUUCAGGCUGAAAAGGAACUAGCACACCAAGCGUUAGUGAAGUAUAAGAGCAUGCUGGAGAAAAAGCGUAACAAGGGUAUGGUGAAACUUGGCACUCCGAGUUCAGCAAUGGUCGUCUCCCACAAACAAGUUCAGGAGCUGCUUGAGAGAGGCGCAGUUCCCAAUACAGAGGCUUCGUUGGCCGACGUGAAGAGUUUGUGUGUGGCGCUGUUAGAGUCGUUGCAGGAUAAGACUCUAGCAUUACAUCAUCAAAGGAAAGCCAAUAAGAUAUUAGCAAGCCGCAUCAGUGAGUUGGAACACAGGCUUGGUGCUAAUCUUCCCGUCUUCCCAUCAGAUCUGCUGCUACAGGGGUACUCAGCAGCCCAGCAACUGGACAAAGCCACUGUGGAACAAACCUUAGAAAGCUUUGAGGAGAGGAGGGAAAAUACAGCCUCCGACCAGAACGGUGAAAUCAUUGCAGAGAUUUCAUUGCAAGGAUGUAACAACAGGUGUGAUACUGAUAGCAAUGAAGACAGUCUACCUCAAGAUCUACAAGACCUUGUAUCCAAAGCCUUACAAGAGAUCCACCUUGAAGAGGCUCAGAAUCGCUGACCUUAAAAUGUGUUAUUAUUGAUCAAUAAAAUAUUUCUUUGUUAAGUUAAAA